CGCGGGCCGUUCCCUGACCGCGGCUUCCCCUUGCAGGCGGUGGAUGACCUGCUGCGGUGCGGGAUUUGCUUCGAUUACUUCAGCAUCGCCAUGAUCAUCCCGCAGUGCUCCCACAACUAUUGUUCACUUUGUAUACGCAAGUUUUUGUCCUACAAAACUCAGUGUCCAACAUGCUGUGUGGCAGUCUCAGAAUCUGACCUGAAAAACAACCGGACGUUGGAUGAAUUAGUGAAGAGCUUUAAUUCUGCGAGACAGCAGCUGUUCCAGUUGGUCUUGGAUACUCCCCUGAUUUCAUCCCCGUUGGCCUGUAGCAGGUACUCAGCUGGCAAGAGCCAGGGUAGGAGUCCUGUUUCUUGGCCAGUGGUAAAAGAAGAGGUGCCAGUGAUUGACAGUUUCUUGAAAAAGGAGAAAGUCUGCACCUCGACAAAGGCAGACGGCCUGGCAGGAACGGAGCAGAAGGUUUUCAAAACGGAGGAACAGCGUAACCUUUAUGGCAGUUCUGCAGAGGCUGAUGGUAAAGACAGUGAAGCGGGUACACAGAGUCCUGAGUCCACCCAAAGCCAUGAGAAGCCCUCUACGUCGGUGGUAAAAAGAGUUGAGAAAGUGGAGUGCCCGGUGUGUGAGGUUGCCAUCCCGGAGCAGUACAUAAACAAGCACCUGGACAGCUGCUUGAGCAGAGAGGAGAAGAAGGACAGCCUCCGGAGUUCUGCUCACAAGAGGAAGCCCAUGUCUAAAGUUGUUUACAACUUGCUCUCUGAUCGCGAUUUGAGGAAGAAGCUGAAGGAACACGGUCUGUCCACCCAGGGCACCCGGCAGCAGCUCGUUAAAAGGCACCAGGAAUUUGUGCACGUGUAUAAUGCUCAGUGUGAUUCCCUAAAUCCCAAAUCAGUUGCAGAGGUCGUUAAAGAGCUGGAAAAGAAUGAGAAGAUUCGGGUGCAGCUUGAAAUGAACAAAACCGGUGAAAAUAGCUUGACCUUCACAAAGGACCAGACAGAGGAAGAAAUAGACGAGAUCCACGCAGAUUAUCGGAACAAACACAGAAAUGAAUUUCAGUUCUUGGUGGAUCAAGUAAAUAAUCGGUGGAAGAAGAGUGGUAAGAGGAAAACAGACAUUGUUCAAACCAAGGAAGAAGACUCUGUCAAAGAAUCACUGGCAGCCCCAGAGCAUAUGGAAGAGCAUCCCACAGCCCUGGGAAAGGCCCCGGUUCCCCAGCCAGGAGCUCCUGAGGGCGGGAGGAGGGACUCCUCUUCCUCGGAGGAAGGGCAGGGACCGGCCUCUCCUGCCUUCUCCCUCUCGUCUGGCUCAACAAGCAGCUCCUGCUCAGACAUUCUGAGAGAUCUGCAAGGGCCUGAGACAAGUUCAACGUCCUCUGACAACAGCAGUGGUCUGGACCUGAGAGCUACCAAAAGAAAGUCCCGCCAGCCCCAGGUGCGGGAGGGCGAUCGGCUGCUCCCCGAGAGCAAGCGGCACAAGAGCUAGAGCUGCGGCCGUGGGGGCUCACGACACACCCCCCCUGGGUGACUCCCAGCUCUUGGGGUAGCUGGGAGCUGCACAACCCCCUGAAUUUUGGCGUAACUAUCAUUCAACCUGCCUUAAAAUAACCAGCUGGGUGUCCCCAUGGGUUUUGCUCACGGCGCUGUGGCCGUUGGCCGUUAAGGUUGCCAUGGAGCGCCGGGGGCUGCUGGAGCCGGGAGCGGGUCCCUGCGUGGUGUCACUGUCCCCACUCCUGGCCCACGGACCCCUGCUCUGCCCUCCUGGAAGCGAUGGUGGGACAGCAUUUCCUGAGGAUCAGGCUGAUGGGGAUGUUCCCUGGCUGGGCUGGGGCUGGGGCGUGGGGGCAGCUGAGGGACGGAGCGCGCUUCUCAUCUACAGAAAUAUGCUUUUUUUUUCUAAUAUAUCCAUGUCAAUGUACUCAUUUAGUACGUGUCAGUAUUUCAGUUUAAACUCAUUAAAUUUGAAAGAAAUCAGAAGGUGGUUGGACAUUAAGUAUUAUAGCUUUAAAAUAAGUAUUAGCAAUAAGUCUUAUCUUAGAAAAUGAUGAAUUUUUGUAAUGAAAUAAAGCAAUGUGUGAAAAUCAAAGUAAACCUGAACAACAGGGCAGAUUUUUGAAAAUACAGUUUAUGGGCAAAAUACAUCCCAUGCACAAUUCUCCAAGAUGUUCCUGCUGAGCCCUGGAGCUCUGGUCACACCUUUCGUUGGGAACUCUGCAAAGAAAGCACAGAAGCUGGUGAAGGUGGAGGGUUUUGUGGCUCUUGACUUCAGGUUGGAGCUGAAAUUGGGAGUGGACAAUUUGCUUCCCAAACUAUUCCUCAACAAUCUGGAAGGUCCCUUCCAACCUCAACAGUUCUGUGAUUCUGGGAUUCAAACCACGGUCCCAGCAAUAUUUUUGUUUGGAACAGGCUAAAUCUGUGCCAAAUCCAGCCUCUCCUUGCUGCUCCAGGUGAGUCGAUGCAGAGGGAAAACGGGAAGCUGAUUUUGUUAGUUUGUUUUGUUUUUUACUAAAAGCAAGCCUUUUGAAAGAGAGUAAUUACCGACUUCUGCUUUUGAGCCUGCCUUUUAAUUAUAGUAAUUAAUUCAAGACAGAUUUGAAUUUUGUGCAGUUAACCAGAGAAGAAUAAAAACA